AGCAGCGUGGGAACCGAGAAGCUUCCCUGGAUCCCAUUUCUCACUCUGCUGUAUUGCCUAGGGGUUGCGGGGGAGCCUGAGAAGGGCCAGGCACCCAGGGCUUCACUUAGAUUCAGGUGAAAGCCCACCCUGGCCUCCCCCAGCCUCUUCUCCCUGACGCGCUCUCAUCCCUUGAGGGCAUCUUCUUCCUUGCACGAAGCAAGGGGGUGGCAGAGCCCUGAGCUGGCCUCUGGGGACAGUGCUAAGGGAAGGGAGGCCCCCUGGAAGCAUGUGUUCCAAGGGAAGACACAGGGGGCUUCUGGGACCCAAGCUUUCGUCAGGGAGGAUCAGGAAAAGGGAAGCCUUGGAGGGUCAUCCCAAGAAAGCUUCCUGGAAGAGGGGAAUAGAAAGUAGCCUUGAAAAAGAGGUGAGACCUCCUGAGAGCUGAUGUCUUCCAGCUUCUGGGGGGCCAUCAAGCUCUUGCUAAGCCAGCGAAACCCCUGGAGGCACCCUGAGGACCUCAGGCCAUGUUCCUUUAGCUUGAUCCUUCGCAGGUCCUAGCACCAGCCUACCUUCCUGAAUGUCUCUCCCAACUGGUCCCCUGCAGAAGCCUUUUGAAAACCAAAUGGGCCCAUUUGCUGGUCCUUGGGCAUUUCUUGCCUCCAACAUCUCACAUGCAAUCCACCCCUUUCUUGCUAUUGCCUGGACUCCCAGGAAAACCUCUGUGAAGCCUUCCUUCCUGACAGGUGGGACUGGUCCCCCUUCCGUGUGGACUGAGCAUCUCUCUGGCCAGACUUUUCAGUGCAUCUCACCCAGUCUCCCUGCGGAUGGAAGUAGGCUGAGCAGGGACAGGAGACAUUACUUCCUGGGGUGGGGUGAGGGGCAGCCCACAGGAGAGUGAAGCAGGGGGCAGGACAGAAAGGGUGAGCCAGCCUGCGUGGCAUUGGAUGCUGGCUCAUCCUGUCUCCUACCAUGCUCAUUUACUGAGCAUCCCUCACCUGCUGGGCACCUGUCACAGGGUUAGAGUUGAUGAGAACAACAGCUGGCUUCUUGUGGCUCACAGCUGGGGUAGACCUUAGCCAGAAAAUCGCCAUGAAGGAGGGAACGUGGGAAAGUAUUUUAUGCCAGGAGAGAAUGGGACAGAAGAUGUAUGUCAGACUCGCCUAAAGAAAUGACAUUCCCUGACCCGGAGAGGGUCCACAGCUCUGGCCCGUGUUGGGGAGGGCCCCGGCCAUGUGAAGACUGGUCCCCGCAUACUUGGAGGGUGUGCCCUUUUGGGCUGGCCAAUUGCUGGCCUUUCUGGCCAUUCCUGCUGGAAUGUCUCCCCACAGAAGCCCAAGCUACUCCUUAGGGGCCAGACCAGGGCAAAAAGGGGUUUCUAGCUGCUCUCACUUGUGUGGGGAGCCCUGCCAUUCGUGGUACAUACCAGCCUGGCAACACCCCAUUUUCCCAGACCUCUGCCAGCCAGCUCCUCAGAGGCCCCUCAGAGGCCCAAGGUCCUGACCUCGCAAGGUCCACACACCCUCACUCCCAGGCUCCUGGCCACGCCCCUGGGCAUUUCUGUUUGGUCCUAUUGGUCACAACCCUGUGAGCUCGGGUAGUCGUUAACCCUUUCUUGCUGGGGCUCACAAGGGUACAGGGUUCAGGUCAGCAAGGGGGGUGGACACAGGAGCCAAACCAGGGCCAAGGGUCAGGGCGAGGGGGUUGGACCACAGGGAGUGUACUUAAGAGCCCACGGUGGUCCCUAUGGGAUGUGCCUCCACAGUAUGCCAGCCUCCUCCAGCCACCUUGCCGGGGUCUUCAAGUGGUUGCUGUCCUGCGAUGGGUCUUCUCCUACUUGGGGCUUGGUGAGGCUCAGCACCUGGCACUCUGCUUCCCUGUUACCAGGAGGGAGGCAGGACAGGGCUCUCUGGGGGCUGCUGAAGGAAUGAGAAGGAAUUAGCUGGGCAAGAGGGCCUCCAACAGGGACGAGAGGGCAGAGGCAGGUAACUGGGGACUUAAAUGCCUGGGUCCUUAAUAUCCCCCACUCCAUCCUCCAGCCCAGGUGUGCCUGGCCUCGCUGCUCCUUGCUCUUUAAGCUGAGCAGGGACACGCCGCCGAGGGCAGGAGGCCGACGAUCUGCCUGGGUCCGCAGCUGGGCCAUCUGGAGACAUUUCCCACAUUGUGUCCCUGUCUUGGUGAGGCCAUCCAGGAGUGGUGUGCUGAGUGGGGGCAAGGCUUUGGAAUAGACUCUUCUCUGGUUACCCCCCAAAGUCUAAUCUCACGGUCAGAGUGGAGUAUGUUGCCUCUGCCCCCAGCUGGUUAAAACCGCCGAACUGGAUCCCUCUGGCAACUACCUCUUCAGCUUCCACCCUCACGUGGUCCUGGUCACCGGGGCCUUCAGCAACUUCUGCGCGGAGGCCACCGGCUUCUCCAGCCUCUUAACCUGGCCUCCGGCCACACCUCCUCAUGUUGCCUUGUUGGUUCUACCUCCCUCUCUUCCCAGACUACAUCAUGUGUAGUGGUGAGAAGUGGGGAGAUCCCCCAGUCCCUGCUGUGUCACCCCCCACAUCCCUGGGGUGGGGGGGGUGGGAGCUCCUGGUCCCAGCUCUACCUUCCUGGCACCCUCCCCCCCCUUUUCUCAAAGACCCAGGCAUCUGGGCCCCCUCUCCCCUCCCCCCAGCUUUGGUGCCCGCUGACAAGGCCAGCGGCUGCCUGUCUGUUGUUCCGGCCUGGGGGCGGCCAGGUGGCGGUCCUGGACUUGGGAGGGCCCCUGGAAGCGCUGGAAGCAAAAGCCGGCGAGCUGAUUUUGUGGAUCCGGAAUCAGAAGGGCUUUGUCGCGUUGGCGCGGGAACAAGGCCUCCCAGCUCCGCCCAGCGACCAGCCCAAACCGACCAACGCUUGCAGUUCAAAGAUUAUUCUGGGGACGUCUGGGGCUCCGGAUCCACACACACGCGCAACACACCCGCAGUCCCGGGAGAGCCCAACCUUCUUCGUUUGUGCUCCGGGCCCUGGAGCCUCGCUGGCAGAGGGCAACGACUGGGACAGGAGUCUCCACAGCCCCGCCGCGACCCCACCAUGGAAUCCGUGCAGAAACAGUGGCCAAAAGUAGUGAGCGCCUACCAAUACGUGCUCACUUUCCUCUUCAUGGGCCCUUUCUUCUCCCUUCUUGUCCUCUUCCUCCUCUUCACGUCAUUCUGGUCCGUCUCUGUUCUCUACUUGGUGUGGUUCCUCCUGGACUGGGACACGCCUAACCAAGGUGGAAGGCGCUUUGAGUGGACCAGGAACUGGGCCGUGUGGAAACACGCCAGGGAUUAUUAUCCUAUCAAGCUGGUGAAAACAGCCGAGCUGCCCCCUGACCGGAACUAUGUGCUGGGUGGCCACCCACAUGGGAUCAUGUGCAUCGGAACCUUCUGCAAUUUCUCCACCGAGGCCAACAACUUCUCCAAGCAGUUCCCGGGGAUUCAGGUCUCAUCGGCGGCGCUGGCCUCCCUCUUCCACUUCCCAAUCUAUCGUGACUACAUCAUGUCCUAUGGAAUAUGUUCUGUGAACCGGUGGAGCCUGGACUUUGUUCUGUCACAGCGCCGGCUCGGGCAGGCUGUAAUCAUCAUGGUUGGGGGUGCCCAGGAGUCCCUGUAUGCCAUCCCAGGAAAGCACUGCCUCAUUCUCCGGAAUCGCAAAGGCUUCGUGCGCCUGGCACUGAGGCAUGGGGCCUCCCUAGUACCUGUGUACUCCUUUGGGGAGAACGAUGUCUUUAAUUUUAAGGUUUUUGCCACAAACUCCUGGCAGUAUAUGUGCCAGAUCACCUUCAAGAAAAUCAUGGGCUUUGUUCCUUGCAUCUUCUGGGGCCACGGGCUCUUCUCGGCCAACUCCUGGGGCCUGGUGCCCUUCGCCAGGCCCAUCACCACUGUGGUGGGCCGCCCCAUCCCAGUGCCCCAGCGCCUGGACCCCACUGAGGAGGAAGUUGACCACUAUCACAUGCUCUAUUUGGAGGCUCUGGAGCAACUCUUCGAGGACCACAAGGAAAGCUGCGGUGUUCCAGCUUCUACUCACCUCACCUUUAUCUAGCCCUUGCCGUCCCCCCCCACCCCGCCCCCAGCCCUGAGCCCCUCAGCCCAGGGCACCGAGACCCCCCACCUACUGCCUCUCUGUACUGCUCCUUCUCUCCCACCACUAUGUUGUAGAAUCUGAUGCCUGCAGAGCUUGCACCCUGGCUCUGGGGGUAAGGGGGCCCAGGCAUGAUCCACCCUCAUUCUCCUGUACUGCGAAGCUGCUGCUUUGGAUUGGGGAUCGGAAUUCCCCUCCCAGCAAGCCUUAAUUCUGCUGCAUGACCUUGCGUACAUCUCUUUCCUUUGCUGAUCCCUUUCUCCCUCUGUGAAUGAAGGUGUCUGCUUCCCCAAGAGAUGUAGGGCCUUGGGAUUAAGUUGGGGCGGGCGGCUCUAGGGAGGGGUUCGCUUUGCAGGGUGAGCUGGAGAAGAUAGGAUGGAUGGUGGAAUAGUCAGCCUGAGCAAAAGCUGAGCUUGGUUAAGGGUUCCUGGCCAUAUGGGAAGUGGAGUGAUCUCCGAUGGUAGACAAGGUAGCGUUGGUCCAUAGCUUGUUACUGCACCCCUCUCCAUCCUUUAUGUUUCCUUGUGGCUGGGAGAUGAAUGAAACAGGGACCUGUUUGAUCAGCACGAAGCCCAGCUGCUAGCCCAGUGUUAGGUCAACAUUAACCCAGUCGCUCAGUAAGCACAGGACUCUUGUGAUGAUCAAAGAAUUAAGAUGUAAGGGCUUAGAACGGAGAUUGGCAAAAUAUCAUCAUUCCUCAUCACAGACAAGGUGUCAGUCCAAGGAGAGGGUAAGACCGGACAGUCUAAGGGUCCUCAUGUGGUCAUAGCAUUCCCUGACAACAUCAGUCCUGUUUGCUGACUGGCUUUGCGUCUGUAUCCAGGACUUCAGAAAAACUUGCUGAAAUGUAAUUGGAAUGCAACUGUAUUAGUCUCCCACUGUCCUAUAAAACACAUUCAGUAGAAGAAUUUUGUUGUUGUUGUUGUUCCUGGAGGAAAAUCUGAGCAGCCCCGGGACUUAUCUGGGUCACAGGUGGUAAUUUCUUCAUUCACCUUAAGUUGGUACAUAGACAUGUAGCGUGAGUAGUAAUCCACACUUGGAUCUUCAUCCAAGGGUAGGAACCUUCCAUCUCCAGCAAGGGCAGCAAGUGGGAUACCUGCUUGACCAGAAGGGGCAGCUGGGGAAGGUGGAGUAGAAAGGGGAUGGAGCUGACCUCUUUCUUCCCCCACCUCCUCCUCCCUUUCUAGCCUCUGUUACUGAACCCUAGGGACUGGAGUAUGGGGCAGAGGAGGAGAAAGAGGAUCCCAAACAUUCUUGACGACAUUGUCCUAGGAUAGCUUCAUAUUCUCUGGGCCUCCAGACCUUCCAAGCUGAUUCCUUUGCCUCGGGGCGGGGGGGGGGCUCUCCUGGGUUCUUCAGAGUAUUCUCUUUUAGAUUCCUCUGCCUCAUCAUCUGUCCCUGGUUUUGGGCCCAUGGCACUCGACAUAGGAUUUCUCCUUAGGAAUCCCAUUGCUUUUCUAGGCUGGGAAGUAGAAAGAGGGAUGGAAAAUAAACAGCUCCAGGUUGGAACAUGCUUAGCUUGGAUACCAUUAGAAUAUAGGCUGGGCUCAAUGCAGCCACUUGUCCUUCCUUCUUUCCUGAAUGGGAACAUCCAGUCAGCUACCAUCUAGCCAUUAGACUUCUCUGGUGGACACGUCCCCCAAACCCUGGGGCAUGCUGACCUCUUUGAGUCUUGCAACCUUUGUCACUGAUCCUGUGGAGAAAAGCCUUGCCCUCCAGGGUAAGGCUCGCAGAGCUCAGAAGUCCUUCCCCCACACCUCUCUCCUUCUUGUCCAAAUUCCAAUCUUUGUCAUGGGUCGGGGACUCAAGAGUAUCUUCUCAAUCAUUUACUUGGAAUAUGUGGUCUUGCUUGGUGCAUAUUGUCUGGUCUGGUCACCUCUGGAAUGCAUCGCCUACUUGUUGGAACUUCGUGCCCCAAACUGUUUUUCUCUGGAUUCUAUCCCAGAGGGACAAAGGCAUCAACUUCUAGUGAGAACCUGCCACCAAGAGCUGGUGGUAUGAGGAUUAGAUCGCUGUGGGCCUUCCUCCAAGAACCCCCCUGCCCUUCUCCCCUGUGAGUGGUAGAUGCCUAUCUCUGGGGAGGGGAGGUUGGGCUGGGUGGUAGGUGAGGAGUGGGACCUUUGAGGACUGGGGGAGAGGGAGGAGAGGACUUCACUCCCCAUCAGUCAUUUCUCCUGUCUGAAAUCCAAGACCAAUAGAGUCAGGGGAUGGGAGGGAUUGGCCUGAGGCUGGAGAGAAACAGGAGAGGCCAAGAAGCACAGUAAGGACUGGGUUGGCCCUAGAGUAAAAAGGAGUAAAGUGCUCCCAGUACUUGUGAAAACAACUGGGCAAGUUUCUCAAGAAAGUGAUCAUGUCUGAUCCCGGUGGAGAGAGGGAGAAUUGAGAGGGAACAUUAUGUUUCAUGUGGAGACAUCUGGGUGAGAGGAGAUGUCACAACACAAACCAGAAAGGUACAGGAAGUUCAAGAUCAGGCUUCUGUCUCUGGGAGAGAGACUGGGUGCCCAUAUCCAUAUGUGUGUUUUGGGGGUGGGGUGCAGCAAGCAGAAUGUGUCAUCAGUGCUGAGGGCUUGGCAAGACUAUGCAGGGCAGAGGGAGUUGGAAAUGACACCCCUGGGGCGCCUGGGUGGCUCAGGUCAUGAUCCCGGCGUCCUGGGAUUGAGCCCUGCAUGGGGCUCCCUGCUCAGCAGGGAGUCUGCUUCUCCCUCUGCCUCUGCCCCUCCCCCUGCUUGUGCUCUCUCUCUCUCAAAUAAAUAAAAUCUUUUAAAAAAGAAAAGAAGGUGACACCCCUGGACAAUGACAAUUGUCCCCUGCUGGAUUGAGAUACCAGGUGAGACACUCAGAAUGGCUCUUUGCACAUCAGUCCCCUGUUUCCCAGAAGCCGCUCCUCAGCAAUCAGAGAGGUCUUGCCUCUUCUCUCCCAUCCAACCCCUUCUCCUGCUGUCAAGAUGCUCUUUGAAAAACACUGCUUUCUUCAUGUAAUUCUCCCUGCUGGAUCCUCACUGUCACUGGAUUCUCGUUGUUAGAAGGUGUGAAAUCCUCAGCCCUGCAUUCGAGGUAGCUUUCAAACAGAGCCCAGCCCGGCUUCCCAGCCAUCCCUGACUCGGCCCUCCUUCCUAAGUCGAGAAUGGAUGGAACUCCUACCAAGGAGUCACAGCUCAGCUCCCAGGGCUCAGCCCUCACUAUGUGCGGACCUUCAGGUUCACGCACUGCCUCUAAUCCUCCCAUCUACACCACAGUGUCCCCGCUGAGCUCGAAAUGAGGUAUGCAUGGAAGGGCUUAGCGUGGCACCUGGCAGGGUGCUCAGCAAACAUUAGUUAUUGUCACUCUUAUCUCGCCCACCUCUUUCCACACAAUCUUUUCCUAGCCAUGGCCACAUCCCAAGCCUUACACUAUGGGAUCCGCAUUAUGUGCACCAUCACAUUAUGUGGACUGGUGUUCUGUUACCCCAAACAUAUGGCUCAUCCACGAUCUUUUUUUUUUUCUGAAGAUUUUAUUUAUUUGACAGAGAGAGAGAUAGCGAGAGCAGGAACACAAGCAGGGGGAGUGGGAGAGGGAGAAGCAGGCUUCCCGCGGAGCAGGGAGCCCGAUGCGGGGCUCGAUCCCAGGACCCCGGGAUCAUGACCUGAGCCGAAGGCAGACGCUUAACGACGGAGCCACCCAGGCGCCCUCAUCCACGAUCUUUUAUCUCAUAUUAUUAAAUGCGGAUGUUAAGGGCGGGAAGUGUGUCUUGUUUGUUUUUGCAUUUUGACCGUGUUCUGGUGAUGGCCAUGCACCAGGCAUGAACAAAUGAAGCGUGUCCAAGAGACCUGUGCAGAGGGAACCAGCUGCGUCAUUUGUAGAUUGU